GUGAAUGUGCACCGAGCGAACCAAAUGUUUAAUUUGACUGCUUGUCCCAGUUUACUCCGGACCGGUUACGGGUACGGAACGUGUUCCGGUUGGUGACGUCAGUGGUCGGUGCAUGCCGUGGAGUUUAGCCACAGUCUAAGUUGCAGCUGGAGCCCACCUAAGGCACCGCAAUGGGGAUCUUAGAGAAAAUAGCUGAAAUAGAGAGAGAAAUCUCUCGGACACAGAAAAACAAAGCCACUGAAUACCACCUGGGUUUGCUGAAGGCCAAGCUAGCCAAAUACAGAGCACAGCUUCUGGAGCCCUCCAAGUCAGCAGGGGCCAAAGGGGAAGGCUUCGAUGUCAUGAAAUCAGGAGAUGCUCGUGUUGCUCUUAUCGGUUUCCCCUCUGUGGGUAAGUCCACCUUCCUUAGUUUGAUGACGUCAACUGCCAGUGAAGCUGCCUCCUAUGAGUUCACCACCCUCACCUGCAUCCCUGGUGUGAUAGAGUACAAAGGGGCCAACAUCCAGCUGCUAGAUCUGCCAGGAAUCAUUGAGGGAGCAGCUCAAGGCAAAGGUAGAGGUCGACAGGUCAUUGCUGUUGCCAGGACAGCAGACGUUGUCAUUAUGAUGUUGGAUGCCACAAAAGGAGAUGUUCAGAGAGAACUUCUAGAAAAAGAGUUGGAGUCAGUGGGCAUCAGACUGAACAGGACUAAACCAAAUAUUUAUUUCAAGCCCAAGAAAGGUGGUGGUCUCUCGUACAACUCAACACUUCCCCUCACCCAGUGCUCGGAGAAGCUCGUUCAGCUCAUCCUUCAUGAAUACAAAAUCUUUAACGCUGAGGUUCUGUUCAGGGAGGACUGCACGCCAGACGAGUUCAUUGACGUCAUUGUUGGGAACAGAGUUUACAUGCCUUGUCUAUACGUGUACAAUAAGGUGGAUCAAAUCUCCAUUGAGGAAGUUGACCGCCUGGCUCGGAGACCUCACAGUGUUGUCAUUAGUUGUGGCAUGAAGCUCAAUCUGGAUUACCUUCUGGAGACACUGUGGGAAUAUCUGGCUCUCAUUUGCAUUUAUACCAAGAAAAGAGGAGAGCGCCCAGACUUUAGUGAUGCCAUCAUAAUGAGGAGAGGAGCAUCUGUAGAACACGUGUGCCAUCGAAUCCACAGAACCUUAGCCAGCCAGUUCAAGUAUGCCCUGGUUUGGGGAACCAGCACUAAGUACAGUCCACAGAGAGUUGGCCUAACGCACAUCAUGGAGCAUGAGGACGUCAUCCAGGUCGUGAAGAAGUAAAACCACCUGCCGCCUGUGAAGGAGGACACACCCUGUCGUUGGAGGGCUUCGAACCAGUACUGUACAGCAGAUAUACAGAAACCGAAAAUAGCCACCAUGUUAUUUUGUAUAUGUUAAUUACAAAACAAAGAAACUGAGGAGAUGGACCAGAUCUCAGUUGUGAACGGGAUCUGAAGUAUUUUACAUUUUAAUUAUGAUCAAGAAGACACAGGAAAAGAGGGAAGAAAUAAAGUCCAUAAAACAUUCAAUAA